GCAACCUCGACCCUAACCCACCCCAACGACCCCUCCCUAGCCGAUGACUUUGCCCACGCCCAAUCCGCCCCCGCUCCCCCCACCACCACCACCAGUCAGAAAAAGAACGUCCGUUUCACAGACGACAACAACGACACUGACCUCGAAGCGCAACGCUCCUCCCUUUUUUCUUCUCAACAGCCAUAUCGCGACGAGAUAGACGACGACUCGGCGGGGUACCGCAACGAAGCCGAGGGGCUGUCAAACACCCAAAUCCACGCCUACCACCGACAGAUUCUGGAAGAGCAAGAUGCGCAGCUGGACGCGCUGGGGCUGAGCAUCAGCCGGCAGAGGGAGCUGUCGAUGCAGAUUGGGGAUGAGCUGGACUCGCAGGUCUUGAUGCUGGAUGAGAGCGAGAGGGUGGCGGAUAGGCAUGCGAGCACGCUCAACAGGGCGAGGAGGCAGUUGGGGCGGGUGGCGAGGGGGGCGGCGGAGAGUGGGGAGGGGAGGCAGAUGACUGCUAUUGUGGUGUUGAUUAUUGUUUUGGUGUUGUUGAUUGUUAUUUUGAAGUGA